AAAUGAUUAAUGACAAAAUUUUCAUUUUGUAUCCCUUUAAAUAUCGCACUGCCGUUAAGUGCGUGCGUGUCAUAUUAUGCAGCGACACCCAGCGGCCGGUGUCAGUCACUACCGAAGUGACACCGCGGCAAUGUCAGUGACACAGGACGCAGUCCAUUGACAUGUGUCACUGGGUUUUGUGACACAUACCACUGAAAACCGGAAGUGUCACUGUGCAUAGCCGCAUGUGCCAAUGGCAUCUGUGCGUCAGAUGUCAUGUCACUUAAAUGUUAAAACUGCUGCUGGGAAUAGCUCUGCGCAGGCGUGGACAGUCAUGGCGUCUAUGUUUCCACGGCAACGGUUUAGCAAACGAAACGUUCCCUGACAAUGAACGUCUCAUCUUUCGAUGUAGAUAGCAGGUAAAAAAAUAAACAUUAAAUCUGGAGCACAUCAAUGGAUUUCUAUACGAGCCAUGAAAACGGUCGCCUCAGAGCAACGACGCCAUCACGAGCUCAACGGGCCUGAUGCGCUGGAACAGACAGAAGUCAAAUUCAACAUCAACAAUUACUCUAUCGAUAGUCAAAGGAAUAAUGUCCCCGCUUUACCGCUAACGUGGGACUCCUUGGAGUCAGAUACUGAGAGUUUGGUGCAAGAGAAGGAGUACCAGCGAGAGCUCCAGAUGCGCAUUGACCUCCUCUCUGCUGACAACACCAAACAGCAUGAUGCCAAGACUGACAGUGAAGAACCAGAGCAUCUUGAUGUAUAUGAUAGUCUGGAUCUGAAACCAAGAAAGGUCAAAGGACCACAUGAGCCACUGAGGCAAGCUCCCCCAGAAGAUGAAUACGCAGACUUGCGCUACGACCCAAACUGGAGGAAGAAUCUAGAAGGGGCUCAUUUUCUCAAGCUAAAUGCGCGACUUUCUCUCGACUCGUUUGAGGAGUCUGAAGAUAGUCUUGAACCUUUGGAGAAUGUGUCUCUAGGUAGCAGACAAGAAUAUGUUGUUGUCAGUAAUCCACCCACAGUUCAGAUGGACAAUGUUUUAUCCCCGCCACCUUCAUCUCCUUUCCACCUGCACCCACAACAGGAAGACAUUCUCGAUCCCCCCGAAUCAAAAAGUACUUGCAUGUCCUCUGAAGGCACACCACGGGAUAAUGGAGAGCAACUGAAUGUCAGAUCAGUUCCUCACUGGAAGAGAAGCUCACGACAUCCUUCUAAUCCAAGGCCAGUGAGAGCUAGGGAAGACAUCGUGGAACGUAACAAAGCCACUUUUGGUAUCAAUACACAUAAGCACGGGUCUUACCUAAAAGUUCACCAGCAGAAAGAUAAAUCAGAGGAAACAAAGCAGCCCAGGCAAACCUCCUACGAGACUAUCAACACUCAUAGCCCGGAGAGUCAAGACAAUGUCUUGGAUCCUGAGCUGAUGUGGCUCCAAAAAACACAAAAACUGAAGAGCCAUAAGGAAAAAAAGGAACCAAAGAGAAGGGAACGAACCAGCAACCAUGCAGAUCAGCACAAACCACCAGUUCCCAAAUCCAAACCCAAAGCGCCUUUUACAGAGAGACACAUCAUCAGUUCUGAUCUUCUACCACAGGACUCUGAGGAAGCUUGCGCCCAUGACCCAUUACAACACCAUUCUGGACUUCAAUCUCACACUCAUGCUCAACCGACUAUCAACCUUAACAUAAACCUCCACACACCUGCUAAUCACGCACAGCCACUGAAUCUUUCCCAGAAAGAGACCAUUUUUACUCUUGUUUCUCAAGUGCUGCAAGGGGAUAGGCCUGAUCUGUUUAACCCACCCUUUUUACAACAGGGUUAUCCAUUUUACCCAUAUGUGCCUCCUAAUUCAGUAGGGCAGAUGGGAUUGGCUCCAAAAGCUGUUGUAUCUUCACCAGCCCCCAAGUCUGGAGUGGUACAAGCUGUGGACAAAAGUGUUCUUCAGAGGCAUGCUGGGAAACCUACUCCCAAUACAUUUGAGAAGGCAUCAUUCAAGAAUCACAGUAGACUCAUGAUACCAAUGCUAAAAUUGCCCACGUCUCCUCAAGUGGAGGCCAGCCACUAUCCAUCUGAGCUUUUGCCCAGUGAUGAGGAGAGCGUGGGACCCUGUGCGCCCCCAACACAAAUCUCUGGUCCUUACACAGUGCUGCCCCCUAUAGCCCGAGCUAAUGGCAGCGACACUGAACUCUGCUCAGAUAGAUCAGAGCAGCAUCUGAAUCCAAUCCACAAAAGCAGCUCAGAAGGUUACCUUUCACAGAUGGAAAAACAGAGACAGCUGAAGGCACAAUCAAAUUAUAAGGCUUAUACACUGAAGGACUACAAAAACAUGAAACAGGAGGUGAAGCUUGGAGGUCUUGGACCAACGAACACAAUACCAGAAGCUGUGGCAGAGAAAAUUAGACGACAGAAGCUGUAUUCAAAUGUGAUCCACGAACAGAACAAGAAGAUAAGUAGGAUUCCCUCUCUGUCGGCCAAGGACCCAGUGGGCAGUGACAACAAGGACAUCGUUCCCAGGAGGAAGGCUUUAGAAUAUGCCAAAAUGAUUGCAAAGCCCAAACCCCCUCCAAAGCCAAAGGAUAGAACCAGAGAGAAGAACGUGAGCAUGCGGGUUCAAUAUCCACAGGAAAUGGACCCGUUCCAUUUGGCCACUCUGGAGAUGUUGAAACGGCAUGAGGAAGAGAAACGUGCCGUGGCCCGCUUCAGAACCAUUCAUGCCAUUUAAUUCUAAAAAGCAGCAUGCAUACAUGAGUUUUAUCAAUGCUAUAGAAUACUUAUUUUUCCUUGCUUUAACUUUGUGUGUACUGUAUAUAUGCAUAAUACUCAUUAUAAUCCUCAGUUGCAAAGCACUGGAAGUGGAACAGGUGCGUAGCACGUAAUCCACUGCGUACUCGAUUUGAAAAAACAUUUUUUGAUAUAAAGAAAUCUCGAAUUAAAUGCUGUGGGGUUUUGUUGCUUGGCUUUGCAUUAUCCUGCUAUUUUCCCAUUGUUUCAAUAGAUCUCUGCACAAGAGCGCCAAUCUCUUAAAGCACACCUGGAUGCACCAUUAACCCAGUGUAAUGUGCCGUUUUCUGUCAGUUCCCAGCUAUUAGUCUGAUUAUAUCCACUUUCGCCUGCCCUUUUCUUUCACAGAGAGAAAAAAAUAGGUCAAAUAAGGAUGACACUUUGAAGCCUCCCUUAUUAGAGCCCACAAACUUGUUUUCUGUAUUUUAAAGUGAUAAUUUUCCCCCUAAAACAAGCUCAAGCACCAAUUUUUUUAAUGGAAGCUUUAGAUCGUUAUCAAAGAGCUAUUUACUCCUAUGUAAUAUUUUAAUUAGAUUAUAGCCUCUAUUUAACCCAUCAUGUCUGCUUUGAUACUCUGUGUUUUCAGUGUUAAGCCUCAGAGGCGAGGCUAAUAAAUGCUGGACCUUUUGAAUUAAUGAGAAAUGCUGCCUUUCCAGACCGACUCUCUUUGCAUCUUUUUUU